AAUCAUUCAACUCAUCAUCAUGAGUGCCAUGAGCAUGAAAGCUAUGCCCUGUUGCAGUUUAAGGAAUCCUUUCUAACAAGUAAGUCUGCUUCUUACAAUCCUAUCAGUUAUCCUAAAACUGCAUCUUGGGUUCCUGCCACAGAUUGCUGCUCCUGGGAUGGCAUUGAAUGCAAUGAGCUCACAGGUCAUGUGAUUGGCAUUGAUCUCAGUAGCGGCCAGCUCUAUGGUUCCAUGGAUCCCAAUAGCACCCUUUUCUCACUUGUGCACCUUCGAAGUCUCAAUCUUUCUGACAAUGACUUCAAUCACUCUCAAAUUCCUGCUAAGAUAGGUGAGCUUUCACAGCUAAGAUAUCUCAAUCUUUCUCACGGCAAUGAAAACACAUUCUCUGGUGAGGUUCCAUCUCAAGUUUCACAAUUGUCCAACUUGUUGUCCCUUGAUCUUCGCAGCUAUACCUUUGGGUCACUUCCAUAUGAUCUAAUCAACCAUUUGCAACUCAAGGCAUCCACUCUCACAAGCUUAACUCAAAACUCAACUAGACUUGAACACCUUCGUCUUAGUUUUGUGACCAUUUCAUCAUCUUUACCUCAUACUCUCACAAACCUUACAUCCUUGCAAAAACUCACUCUUCGCCAAUGUGAACUAUAUGGUGAAUUCCCAAUUGGAAUAUUCCAUCUCCCAAACUUAAGAGUCUUGAAUUUGGGACAAAACCAAAACCUUAGGGGUAUGCUGCCUAAUUUUCACUCAAGCUCAUUCAUCAACAUAAUCCUUGAUGGCACAAGUUUUUAUGGCACAAUUCCAACAUCCAUUGAAAACCUCACUUCUUUGAAUUGUUUUGUGAUUCCAAGAUGCAGUUUUUAUGGGGCCAUUCCUUCUUCGCUUGGCAACCUCACCCAACUUGCUCAGUUAGAUCUUGCCUAUAAUGGCUUUGUUGGUGAAAUCCCUCACUCUCUUUUUAGACUAGAGAAUCUUGAAAUUUUGUCUCUGGGCUAUAAUUUCUUUGAAGGGCAACUAGCACUUGACAUGUUUUUGAAACUAAAGAUGCUUAAUGUUCUAGACUUGCCUUACAACAAACUGUCUUUGUUCUCACAAAAUAGGGCUGUCAAUAUGACAAUCAUUCCUCCAAUUCAGUGGUUAGGGUUGGGUUCAUGCAAUUUGACUGGAAAAGUUCCAACUUGGAUAAUGAAUCUAACCUCUUUAUAUCACUUGAAUCUUUAUAAAAAUAAUCUUCAAGGUGAAAUUCCAUAUUUCCUCUUCAUGUUGGAGAAUCUUACAGGCCUUAAUCUGGCUGAUAAUUGGUUGGAAGGACAUGUCGAGCUUGACAUGGUUUCAAAGCUCAAAAAGCUUACUGCACUUGGUUUAGGUGGAGGCAAUAAAUUGUCAUUUUCUGAAGGGAAGAACACUUCGAAUGUAACCAUUCCUUCUCAAAUUCAAUAUUUAGAAUUAAGAUCAUGCAAUUUAGUUCAUUUUCCCAAUUUUAUACAACACUUACAAGAGCUGACAGAUCUUCAUCUACCAUGCAAUGGCAUAAAGACUAUACCAGAUUGGAUAUGGAAUAAAACAAGUCUUCAGUGUUUGAUGAUUUUCAACAAUCCAUUGAUAGGAGAAAUAUCCCCCUUGAUAUGCAAUCUGCAAUCCCUUGUGUAUCUUGAUUUAUCUUCCAACAACUUAGUUGGUAUGAUACCAUCAUGUUUGGGAAGCUUUAGCCGAUCUCUUCAAAUUUUGAGUCUUGCAGGAAACAAAUUGACUGGCAAUAUUCCUCAAACUUAUGUGAAAGGAAAUUCCCUUCAGUUGAUUGAUUUCAGUUCUAACAAGUUGCAUGGUCAAUUACCAAGAGCAUUGGUCAAUUGUAGAAUGCUAGAGCUUCUUGACUUGAGCCAUAACCAUUUCAAUGAUUCAUUUCCUUUCUGGUUAGGAUCUCUUCCCAAAUUGAAGGUGAUUUCUUUACGUGAUAAUGAAUUUCAUGGAGCUAUAAAGUGCCCAUCAAAAUGCACAUUCGUGAAACUUCACAUCAUUGAUCUUUCCGAGAAUAAUUUUUCUGGAAAUUUGUCAUCGGAAAUAAUCAAGAGUUUCAAAUCGAUGACUCUUUCCAACACAAGUCAUCAAGUACAUCUCAAAAACGACAUUUAUCAUUUGCUACAUUCUUUGGUUGAUAUUGAUUUGUUUUCAUUUCCAAUGUCCAACAAAGGAGUUGUCAUGAAUUAUCAUGGGGAUCAAUACUUUCAUUAUAUGGUAGCCAUUGAUCUUUCAUGCAACAAAAUUUCUGGUGAGAUUCCGGAUAUCAUGGGAAGUUUGAAUGGCCUUGUUGUGCUCAAUUUGUCCAACAACAUGUUUAUUGGCAGCAUCCCGUCUUCUCUGGGAAAGCUUUCAAAUCUUGAAGUGCUCGACCUUUCUCUCAAUAGCUUGUCAGGGAAUAUUCCUCAACAACUCACAGCACUAACCUUCUUGGAUUUCUUCAAUGUGUCGUUCAACAAUCUCUCAGGUCCAAUACCAGAAAAUAGACAAUUUUCCACAUUUGAAAAUAGUUCUUUCAAGGGAAACAAAGGUUUAUGUGGGAUUCAACUAGUGAAGAAAUGUGAAGAUCACUCUAAACCUCCACUACCAACUCUUGAUGGUGAUCAAGACUCUGAAUCAAAAUCUUUCUUUGAAUUUAAUUGGAUGGUAAUUCUAAUCGGAUACGGGGGUGGCCUUAUUGCUGGAUUAGCACUGGGAAAUGCUUUUGCUGGAGAUUGCCAUCAACAUGAAAGCAAUGCCUUGCUGAACUUUAAACAAAGCUUCAUCAUAAGUAAGUAUGCUUCUUACAGUCCUUUCAGUUAUCCUAAAACUGUUUCCUGGAUUCCAACCACAGAUUGCUGCUCCUGGGAUGGAAUUGAAUGCGAUGAGCUCACAGGUCAUGUCAUUUCCAUUGAUCUUAGUAGCAGCCUGCUCUAUGGUUCCAUGGAUCCCAAUAGCACCCUUUUCUCACUUGUGCAUCUUCAAAGCCUUGAUCUUUCAGAUAAUGACUUCAAUCACUCACAAAUUCCAGCUAGGAUAGGUGACUUGUCACAACUGAGGCAUUUGAAUCUUUCUCAUGGCAAUGAAAACACAUUCUCUGGUGAAGUUCCACCUCAAGUUUCACAGUUGUCCAACUUGUUAUCCCUUGAUCUUCGCAGCUAUACUCUUGAGUCACGUCCAUAUGAACUAAUCAACAAUUUGCAACUCAAGGCAUCCACUCUCACAAGCUUAACCCAAAACACAACUAGACUUGAACACCUUCGUCUUAAUUUUGUUACCAUUUCAUCAUCUUUACCUUAUACACUCACAAACCUUACAUCUUUGCAAAUGCUUUCUCUUUUCAAUUGUGAACUGCAUGGUGAAUUUCCACUAGGUAUAUUCCAUCUUCCAAACUUAACAGACUUGGAUUUGGGAGAAAACCAAAAUCUUAGGGGUUUGCUGCCUAAUUUUCUCUCAAAGACAUUAGUCACCAUAUACCUCCCAAGCACAAGUUUUUAUGGCACACUUCCAACAUCCAUUGAAAACCUCACUUCUUUAAAUUGGUUCGAGAUAUCAAGUUGCAAUUUUUAUGGGGUCAUUCCUUCUUCGAUUGGCAACCUCACCCAACUUGCUCUGUUAGAUCUUACCAAUAACAGCUUUGAUGGUGAAAUCCCUGGCUCUCUUUUUGAACUUGAGAAUCUUGUAAAUUUAUUCUUGGAUUAUAAUUUUUUCGAAGGCCAUCUAGCACUUGACAUGUUUUUGAAGCUAAAGAUGCUUAAUGGUCUUGACUUGUCUCACAGCAAAUUUUCUUUAUUCUCUCAAAAUAGAGCUGUCAAUGCAACAAUCCUUCCUCCAAUUCAGUGGCUAGCAUUGGCUUCAUGCAAUCUGGCUGGGAAAGUUCCAACUUGGAUAAUGAAUCUAACCACUUUAAAUCACUUGGAUCUUCAAGAAAAUAAUCUUCAAGGUGAAAUUCCCUAUUUCCUCUUCACGUUAGAGAACCUUACAGUUCUUUCUCUAGUCGAUAAUAUGUUGGAAGGACAAAUCGAACUUGACAUGCUUUCAAAGCUCAAGAAGCUUACUUCACUUGGUUUAGGCGGAGGCAACAAAUUGUCUUUUCAUGAAGGGAACAACACUUCCAACGUAACAUUUCCUUCUCAAAUUCAAUUAUUGCAAUUAAGUUCAUGCAACUUAGUUCAUUUUCCCAAUUUUAUACAACACUUGCAAGAGUUGACUGAUCUUUACCUAUCAAACAACAGCAUAAAGACAAUACCGAGUUGGUUAUGGAACAAAACAACUCUUCAGAGUUUGGUUAUUUCCAACAACCUAUUGAUAGGAGAAAUAUCCCCCUCCAUAUGCAACCUGCAGUCACUUGUGGAACUUGGUUUAUCUUACAACAACUUAGUUGGCAUGAUUCCAUCAUGUUUGGGAAGUUUUAGCCGAUCUCUGCGAAUUUUGAGGCUCGGAGGAAACAAAUUGGUUGGAAUUAUUCCUCAAACUUAUGUGAAAAGAAAUGCACUUCAGGUGAUUGAUUUUAGUUAUAACAAGUUGUACGGUCAGUUACCAAGAGCAUUGGUCAAUUGUAGAAUGCUAGAGUUUCUUGAUGUGAGACAUAACCAUUUCAAUGACUCAUUUCCUUUCUGGUUAGGAUCUCUUCCCAAAUUGAAGGUUAUUUCUUUACGUAAUAAUGAAUUUCAUGGAGCUAUAAAGUGCCCAUCAAAAUGCACAUUCUUGAAUCUUCACAUCAUUGAUCUUUCUCAGAAUAAUUUUUCUGGAAAUAUAUCAUCAGCUCAAUCAGAAAUAUUCAAGAACUUCAAAUCGAUGACACUUUCCAACACAAGUAAUCAAGUACAUCUCAAAAACGACAUUUAUCGAUUGCAACAUUCUUUGAUUGAUAUUGAUUCAUAUUCAUUUUCAAUAUCCAACAAAGGAGUUGUCAUGAAUUAUCAUGGGGAUCAAUACUUUCAUUAUAUGAUAGCCAUUGAUCUUUCAUGCAACAAAAUUUCUGGUGAGAUUCCGGAUAUCAUGGGAAGUUUGAAUAGGCUUGUUGUGCUCAAUUUGUCCAAUAACAUGUUUACUGGCAGCAUCCCAUCUUCCUUCGGAAAGCUUUCAAAUCUUGAAGUACUGGACCUUUCUCUCAAUAGCUUGUCAGGGAAUAUUCCUCAACAACUCACAGGGCUAACCUUCUUGGAUUUCUUCAAUGUGUCCUUCAACAAUCUCUCAGGUCCAAUACCAGAAAAUAGACAAUUUUCCACAUUUGAAAAUAGUUCUUUCAAGGGAAACAAAGGUUUAUGUGGGGUUCAACUAGUGAAGAAAUGUGAAGAUCACUCUAAACCUCCACUACCAACUCUUGAUGGUGAUCAAGACUCUGAAUCAAAAUCUUUCUUUGAAUUUAAUUGGAUGGUAAUUCUAAUCGGAUAUGGGGGUGGCCUUAUUGCUGGAUUAGCACUGGGAAAUGCUUUUGCUGGAGAUGUUUUUAGGUUGUUGAAAAGGAUCUUUUAAGUCACAAGUCUUGAUGUUGGUCUUUUCAUGUGUAUAAUCUUAGAUUAUUUUCAUUUUUGUGUUGUAUUUAAAGUUAUUGUGUUUCUCUUAUUUAAGAGUCAACUAUGUGUGAACCCAAAUAAAAGUAGGCAAGGUAAAAAGAUAAUAUAGUGUGUUGUAUGUCUAUUUUGCUUUUGCUAUUUUUGAAAAAGAAAAGCCGUACAUUGUGUUCUUUGCUUAAAUAAUUCAUUUCCCUUUGCCUA